AUGUCGGGUGAAAACGAGCAAUUUUACCUCCGGUACUACUCGGGACACAAUGGACGUUUCGGACACGAGUUUCUCGAGUUCGAUUUCCGUGUCCUCGGUGAUGGUCGCAGCGCAAUGGCCCGUUACGCCAACAACUCGAACUACCGCAAUGACUCGUUGAUCCGCAAAGAGAUGUGCGUCAGCAGCCUGAUGAUCAAAGAAAUCAAGCGUGUAAUCAAAGAUUCGGAGAUCAUGAAGGAAGACGACGGAAAAUGGCCACCGAAGAACAAGGACGGACGUCAAGAACUCGAGAUCCGAAUGGGCAAUGAACACAUUUCCUUCGAGACCGCUAAGAUCGGAUCUCUCGUCGACGUUCAAGAGAGUGAUGACCCGGAGGGCCUGCGCGUGUUCUACUACCUUGUGCAGGACCUUAAGGCGCUCGUAUUCUCGCUGAUAGCGCUGCACUUCAAGAUCAAGCCGAUAUAA